AUGCCACAACAUCCCUGGCCGAUAGCAUAUAUCGAAUCCCUUUCUAACUAUGAAUGUAUGGACGCCUACGACGAAAUCAACGAUGAACUAGAAAAUCGUCCCGUCACGACCACGGCACGCGACAGAGCCCUUUGCCUAACCCUUCAGCGCCUUGAUGUCUACGGCGGGCGAAGACGCAUUAGAUGGCGACGCCCUCUCCUGCCACAUAUAUCUGUCUACUUUAGAGGACUUCCACCGCUUUUCAUUGAGCCGCCUGCCCGUCAAAUAGUGAUAGUGGGUCAAGGUCCACCGCAACAGCUUCAGAAUGAAGGACAAGCGCCACAGCAACAGGUGGUGAACUACCAACAAGCAGCAGCACGCAUCCAGCCACCACCACCAAAACAGCUGACAGCUCCUCCACAGCAGCCACAGUGGAUCAAUUAUCAGCAAGCUCCGGCUCCGAACCAGCCACCUCCAGUGAAACCAAAGCCGAACUCUGUACAAGCUCCCACUCCGAAUCAGCCACCACCUCAACGAUCACAACCUAGUUAUCAACCUGCUCCAGCUCCAAAUCAAGCACUGCCACCACGGCCACAAGCUACUUAUCAACAACCUCAUGCUCCCGUGCAACCACUACAACCAAACUAUCGACAAGCUCCUCCACCUCCGCAUCAAAUUAACUAUCAUCCGGCCCCCAUUCAGAAUCAGCCACCACCGCAAAGACCGCAGCCCAACUAUCAGCAAGUCCAAGCACCACGUCAACCCAGUCAUUUCCAGCAUCCACCCAACAUGCAGCCUCCGCCAGGACAACGAGGUGAGCUUCAAAUUGCUGGAUCUGGUGCAUUCGUUCCUGGCUCAAAUGUCCCCGAGAGCGAGCGGAUCGCCACCGAGAAUAAGAUGAAGGCCGAAGCCCUGAAGACUGCAGCCGAGCAGCAAAGGAAGCGGGAUGCGGACGCUAAGGUUACCGAAUCCAAGCGACAACAAGAAGUUAUCAAACAGCGAAUCAAGGACGAAGCAGACCGCAAGGCCGAGCGAGAGAGGCACGAGAAGGAAGUCAAAGAGCGAGCAAAGAUCGACAAGGAGUUAUUCCGCAGGCAAGAGCUGGAGGCUGAGGAAGCGAAGUUACGAGAACAGGAGGAUAAAAGGGUGCGUGAGGCGUGGGAAGCUCAGCAGAAAGCAAACCGUGAGCUCCUACGCAAGACAGAGGCUGAUGAGAAGAAGCAUCGCGACAAGAUACUUCAGCUCGAACUGGAUGGGAUUAAGCUGCAAAAGGAGAGAGCCAAACGAGCAACUCAAGACGCACUCGAUGAAGUUGCCCGUUUGGAGCGAGAGACGCGCGAAAUGCAACUCGCGGCGGAGGACGAAGAGGAUGACAAUAGCGACCGGAAAGAUCGCCAGCGAAGGGAUAGACUAAGGAAGCGGCGCGAGGCUGACGAGCGGGAUUGGGAGGAGGAGAAGAGACGAAAAGAGCGUAUCGAAGAUAGAGAUGCGGGUGGGCAACGAAUGAUCAAAACCAGAAGCCCCAGUCCGAAGCCACGAGAGCGGAGGACUCGCGAGAGGUCAUACAACCGCGACGCAUCCAGUAGCCGCGAAAGAUCUUACACUCGCGUAAUCCGCGACAAAUCUACCACUCGCGACAAAUACAGCACUCUUGACCCCAAACCUUCAUCCACCAGCACCACUUCAUCAUCCUCGUUCAACCCCUACACCGCCCUCGACCUUUCCUACAAAGACCGCCCCACCACCGCCGAAAUCAAAGACGCAUACCACCGCAUGUCGCUCAAAUACCACCCGGACCGCAACCCAGGGCCCGAGGGCGUUAAGCGCAUGGCAGACGUCAAUCGCGCCAAGGAGAUACUCAUGUCGGGUGAGGAGCGCAGGCAAGCUUACGAUGAAGCGGCCGGUGACGUGUAUACUUGGCAGUACGAUAAGUGGAUGGCGCGGAGAAGUGUGGUUGUUGGGUUUGAGGGGAGGGGUGGUGGUGGGCAAGGCCGUGAGAAGGACCGGCGGGAGAGUGGUUCGCGCCAACGGUCGCAGGACAGGGAUAGGGACGGAGGCAGGGACAGAGGCAAGGACCGUCAACGGUCGAAGUCACAGGAGCGGAGUCGCAGGUGA